AUGUCUUCUGAUCCAUCCGAACUCCAAACCUACACUCAAGGCCUAUAUCGGAACAGAUCUCAACCCAGAGGGAAAGACGAGGAAACCCACCCUAGUAGAGGCCCAAGAAUAGGCUAUAGAAGACAACGUGACCGAGCAACACAAAAGGAAGCAGCCCAAGGGAAGGCCAAGCUAACUGGAAUGACCCAGACAACCCAAUGGAAGGUUCAACCUUCAGGAAUGACCCAAGCAGCUGUCUCCUCGAGCUUUGUGAUAAGAUCCAACGAUUUGCAAAAGACUUUGGGAGUUGCAGUGUAUCCAGGGGCUCAAACAUCUUCAGGAAAUCACAUGGCAUCGGAGAAUGGAGUAGGUCCUCAACUCCAUGACUUCCCAAGCCUUUCAUCUCCUAAAGAUACAAUUUCUCUAGAUGUUCUAAAGAACAACACAUCGGAGGAUACCCACAUGAUAUCGAAACCUCUUGAUCAAGAGCCUCUAAACCGUACCCAGAAUGGAACCAAACCCCUUAAG